AGAACACCGCCAGCCGCCGAGGGCAAUGGUCGCAUGUCAAAAACAGUUUAAAGACCAACAAAACAAAGUGUUAUGUGUUAACUGUUUGUGUUCCAAAUUAAAAAUAUGAAGCUGUUACUUAUAAUUUCGGCAAUUUUCGCAGUUAUAUGGAACGUAAAUACACAAUCGUGUAGCCCGCCUUCAGGUGGCACUGGUAAUUGUGUGAUUAUCCAGAACUGUGCACCCCUACUCCAACUGGUGAACAAACCGAACAGAACCCCGGCCGACUUCGACACACUGAGGAAAUCUGCUUGCGGCUUCGAAGGAUCUUUACCAAAGGUAUGCUGCCCGGCUCAAACAAACACAUGCACCACCCCUAACGGUGAACAAGGCAAAUGUAUCAACCUCUACUCGUGUCCACAUGUGGCGUCUUUGUUGCGACCACCGGUAUCAAAGGAGAACAUGCAAUUCGUUCAGAAAUCAACAUGCCAAGGACCUGAUCAAUACAACGUCUGUUGUGGAAGCGGACAGCCGGUGCAAAAAGGUAACUGUGAAACAAGACUUAGCGCAUCACCACCAGACCCAAGGACCGAGUGUUGCGGUGUAGACAGCGGCUCUAGCAAUAAAAUUACUGGUGGAACGGCGACCUCCAUUGAUCAGUAUCCAUGGUUGUCUCUAAUCGAAUAUGUGAAAGACAACCGAAUCAAGUUACUGUGUGGUGGUGCUCUGAUCAGUGGCAGAUACGUCUUAACUGCCGCGCAUUGCGUCGCUGGUGCCGUCCUUGAACUUGGUACACCUAAGAAUGUUCGCCUCGGUGAAUACGACACAACAAAUAAUGGACAAGACUGCGUGCCAGUAGAAGGUGGAACUGGAGCGACUGAUUGCGCUGAUCCAGUACUUAUCGUCCCCAUUGAAAGAACCAUACCUCAUCAGCAAUACAGUCCUCAAACUAGACGUAACGACAUCGGUCUAAUCAGGCUAGCCCAACCUGCGCCGUUCACAGAUUUCAUCAGACCCAUCUGUCUACCAACCUCCGACCAAACCACGUCUCCUCCGAAUAACUUCAAGCUUUACGCCGCCGGCUGGGGAGCCAUCAACGCCACACACUCCAAAAGUAAUAUUAAACUACACGUCGAUCUGCCUUUCGUCCGACAGGAUCAAUGUCAGGAGGCUUAUAGCCAAUCAAGACGCAAAGCGGCUCUUUGGCAAGGUCAGCUCUGCGCUGGUGGAGAGAAGGACAAAGACUCGUGCAAGGGCGACUCCGGCGGUCCACUCAUGUAUGAGAACGGUAGGACUUGGGAGAUAAUCGGCGUCGUGAGCUUCGGCCCCACACCGUGCGGUAUCGAGGACAGUCCCGGUGUUUACACCAAAACAUAUGAAUACCUAAACUGGAUACGCAGCAAUAUCAGCCCUUAAUUCAUAAUAAGUCUGUAAUUAGGACACCAUAAAUUCGACUUUCAAUAACCGAACAGAGUAAUUUCGUUGAUCGUUGUUUGUUGUUACAGAAAGUAUAAACUUUCAAGAAGUUCCCUGUUUAUAUUACUUGGAAAUUUUGAUCUUAUGAGUACCUAUACAAAAAAAGUAACAUUUAUAAAUAUUGAAUGCAGAAACUUAAAAUUAUAAUUAUGCUUAAAUUAUUAGGCUCCAAUAUUUUUGAAUUUGCCUAAAAGUAUUAAUACUAAAUAAUAAAAAGUUGAUCUGAAGAUAACAAAGUCAAUUUAAUAUCUAAUUAGCAUUCAGACAUUUACUUUAACGAUCAUUGAUUAAAUCUUGUUUUAAUGUGAAGAAAUCUAGUUGAAGACUUAAAUAUACCUAUUGAAUCGAUCGAUGCUCAAGAAUUUAGACUGGCGAUAUAAUACAUACAUUCAGCAACGAAUAUUUAUAUGUAGGAAGCACCAAUGUAAUUGUUAUAUGCAAUGCGAUAACCCUUAGAAUGUUGGGGCAAUUUUCGGAAAAGUUUCGCCGUUGAGUGCUCUAAACAAAAACAUGAAUUACCAUCAAUACUGUUGGUGAAAGUAAUAUGGAACACACGUAUCCUCAACACACAUUUAGGGGGAUAAUUUGCAAAAAAAGAACUGACCUUAAGUAACUUUCUAAUCCAUCAUAUUUAUAAAAUAAAAUAGUAUAAAAUUUAAUAGUAAAAAAUUCAAUACCAUAAAUGUUUUAACAUAUAAGUAUUCUUUACUGAUUGAACUAACAUAGUUUUAAGGUUAUAAUAGGAUUAAUUAACUGAGAUUAUUAAUUUAAAAAUAAAUCUUUGUGAG